AACAAAUAGUUAAAUUCAAGUAUUAUUUCAAACCGGAGCACAAUAUUUCCUAAUAGAAUAACUUUUUUUGUCACGUGUCACGGUAAAAAUUUAAAUCAUGGGAAAUUUUAAGUGGGACAUGGAGCUUCUCAAGAAAGUGUUUGCUGAAUUUACUGGAACCGCGAUGGUUCUAGCACUUGGAUGCACAGUUGACGGCACGCCGGAUGCGAUGAAAUCGCUCGUCUGGGGCCUCAUUUACUUGGCGGCUAUUCACAUAUUCGCCUUCAUGAGCGGCGCCCAUCUGAAUCCAGCUGUGAGUGCCGCUGCCACAAUUGUCGGCGUCAUGGAAUGGCAAUUGAUGCUCUGCUAUAUGCUUGCCCAAUUACUGGGAGCUUUCUGUGGCGCUGGAAUGGCAUUUGGUGCACAGCCAAAUGGUGCCAAACAGUUCUGUGCGACUGUGCCCAUCUUGAAGGAUUACUUGUAUCUGGUGGUUGAGCUUCUUGCAAUGAUGCUCUUGAUGUUUGCCUAUUGCGCGAUCUGGGAUAAGCGCAGUGAUAAUGCAUACGACACGAUGUCUCUACGCAUUGGAUUCACAAUCGCAGCCUUGUCCUUUGCAACGAUCAAUUUGGGCGGAUGCAGUCUGAACUUCUUUCGCAGCCUAGCUCCAGCUUGCAUAAGUCAACAGUUUAAUGGCUUGUGGGUUUACUUUGUUGCCCAUUUGUUGGCCGCCGUAUUGGUGCCCGUGCUUUGGCGUUUCCUCAUCGCAGAGGAGAAGCCUGAGCCCGCUGACGGAUAAUGUGUCGUCACAAGAAUAUAUGCAAAACAAUAAGACAAAGUCGGGUGUAUAUAACUAGAUAUAUAUGCGUAUAUAUAUUUAUAUACAUAUAUAUACAUGGUUUGGCGUAAACGUGAAAUCUAUAUGAAUACAACAAUUUUUCAAAUUUAUUGUAUAUUUACAUGUAUUUUAUACUGUGCUCGAUGUAUACAAACUUAUACAAAAUGUUGCAUAUAAG